AUGUCCUUCAAAAAGCAUGGCCGUCAGUACGAUCUCAUCGUGCUUGGAGCGACAGGAUAUUCGGGCCGGUUGACAGCAGAACAAAUUACGAUCAACCUUCCAUCAAAUCUGAAAUGGGCAGUAGCUGGUCGUUCAGAAGACAAGCUCAACCACCUCGUCUCUCGAUGCAUGGAUCUUAAUCCACAUCGUAUCCAGCCAGCAAUCGAAAUAUGCAACCUUAAUAAUGAAGAAGUCUCCGAACUAGCGAAAAAGACAUUUUGUCUAAUCACCACGGUCGGUCCCUACGCGCUUCAUGGAGAAUACGCAUUCAGAGCCUGCGCUGAAACAGGUACACAUUACAUUGAUUGCACACCCGAAGUUCCAUGGACGUUGGAAAUGAUCAAGAAAUACGAAGCUACUGCCAAGGCGUCGGGUGCUUGGAUGAUACCUCAGUGUGCCAUGGAAUCUGCGCCGUCCGACAUUCUCACCUGGGCGGUCGCUGAGGAAGUUCGGUCAGAGUUUUCGUCUCGGGUGGGAGAUAUUGUGAUGGAUCAGCAUCAGUUGACUUCUAUUCCAUCCGGUGGAACAUUAGCUACCAUCCUGAACCUCUUCGGCCAGUACCCUCUCAAGACCCUUCUGCAGUCGAUUGAACCAUAUGCCCUAUCUCCCGUACCAAAUGGCCAUCCACUCCCCAAACGAUCCCGUUGGUCCUCACUCACCGGUGUCCACAAGAUAGCAGGUCUCCCUCUAUUGUCAACCAGUAUAUCCGGCAAAGCAAACGCAGCCAUCGUCUCUCGCACAUGGGGCCUAUUCAAGCAAGAACCCAACUUAAAAAAGGAGUUUUAUGGGCCCGAGUUCACUUAUCAGGAAUACAUGUAUGCACCUGGCUUCGUACGGGGCAUGUUGAUGCACUAUUUUCUUGUGACGGGUGGAUAUCUUUUGUUGUUGGCACCUGUUCGGGCGUCAAUUAGACGGUUUGUCACAAAGCCGGGCGAUGGACCAGAUACAAAAAAGGCUAAGGAGGAAGUAAUUGAAUUGCGAGCUGUCGCUAAGCCAGCUUCUAAAGCCGGGGAAAACAGGCAGGUCCUUGGGAAGCUUACAUAUCACGGGAGUAUGUACUUUUUGACAGCUACAUUCCUUGCGGAAGCAGCGGCAACGAUGUUGGAGGAAGACGAUUCUUCAAGAUUGACAGGGGGAAUUUAUACGCCAGCAUGUCUUGGGCAGGGGUAUAUUGAUCGGCUGAGGGGAGUUGGUGUUCAAAUCAGCACCGAGAUACAGAAUCUAUAG